UCUGUUUUUGUCAUGAUCAAAUGCUUGACUGAAGAAGUGCAAACCAGUUUGCGUUCUGGAGUGGCCAUCACUUCUCUGGGGCAGUGUGUUGAAGAGCUUGUCUUCAACAGUAUAGAUGCCAAAGCAACAUGUGUGGCCAUUAGAGUGGAUCUGGAAACCUUUAAAAUCCAGGUGGUAGAUAAUGGCUCUGGGAUGGGAAGAGAAGACCUCAGCAACGUGGGGAACAGAUACUUUACCAGUAAAUGCUACUCAGUGGAAGACCUAGAAAAUUUAACGUUUUAUGGCUUCCGGGGAGAGGCUUUGGCAAGCAUUGCAAGCAUGGCCAGCAUAGUAGAAAUAUUGUCUAAGACAAAUAAGAUUGCAGGAACCUUUUUGAAAUUAUUUCACAAUGGAAAAGGACUGGAAGUUUCUGUAGCAGAAUUGAAUAGACCAAGUGCUGGAACAACAGUGACUGUGUACAACUUAUUCCACCAGUUACCUGUGCGGAGAAAAUGCAUGGAUUCCAUAAUGGAAUUUGAGAGGGUGAGGCAUAAGGUAGAGGCUCUUUCACUUAUGCAUCCCUCUGUCUCUUUUUCAUUAAGAAAUGAUACUUCCUGUUCUAUGACGCUUCAGCUACCCAAGACAAAAGAUGUGUGCUCUCGGUUUUCUCAAAUUUAUGGUCUAGGUAAAUCACAGAAAUUGCGAGGAAUAUAUCAUAAGUCUGGAGGAUUUGAGAUAAGUGGCUAUAUCAGUAUUGAAGGACAUUACAAUAAAAAUAUUCAAUUUUUGUAUGUGAACCAUAGACUGGUAUUAAAAACAAGAUUACAUAAGCUAAUUGAUUUUUUAUUAAGAAAACAAAGUGUAAUAUGUAAAACAAAAAGCGGAUCUGUCACUUCGAGUCCUGUUCGCCAUCGUUCUGGCCCAGAGCUCUAUGGAGUCUUUGUUAUGAAUGUCAAGUGCCAGCGUGAUGAAUAUGAUGUGUGUUUGGAACCGGCAAAAACUCUAAUAGAGUUUCGCAGUUGGGAUUCUCUCCUGCUUUGCAUUGAAGAGGGAGUGAAAACCUUCUUAAAGCGAGAACAUCUGUUUAUUGAGCCAUGUGGUGAAGACGUUAAAGAAUUUAAUGAAAACAAUGGCUUUUGUUUGGAUUCUGCUAUGGCUUUACGUCCUUCUCUUCCUGAGGAGAAACACAUGCAGGAGAACUUUAAGAGAGCUUGUGAUAAUAUUGUGGAUUCUUAUGAAAUGCUUAAUCUGCAAUCCAAGUCUGUCAGAAGGAAAAUAAUUCUUGAAAAGGAGACAUCAGAUCACACAGGACCCACUAACAAUAUGAAGGAAACAGUUGCUCUCCCAGAUUUGACUAUCACAGAGCCAGUUCAUGAAAGUUGUAAUAAAAUGGAAAAUCCUCUGGCUAACAAAAAUGGCACCACUCUUGAUCUCCCAAAAUUGAGUAACCUGCACAAAGAGCAAAAUGUAUGUGGUGAUCCAGAGACUGAGGUAACAAAUUCCAAGUGUCCACAAGAAGGCUGUGGGCAGGACUUGUCAAAUGCUUUAGAAAUAGACAGUGAUAGUGGGGCGUCGCUUUGUUCUGAGACAUCUGGCAAAGACACAAACAGCCUGCAUGAUCCAGCAUUUCAGGAAAGUAGCUCCAGCUCUGCCACUCUUGGACACGUUGUAAAUGUGAGAGAUGUUAAUGUAUGCAAACAUCCAUUUCUUUUAAGAAGUGCUUUGGUGAGAAAAUGCAGGAUGGCAGAAGAGGGCAGAGGGCCUCCUACAGAGUUAAAUCCCCAUGGAGAAGCAGCAAUGGGAAAAGAAUCUAUAAAGUUGUGUUCUACAGGCCUAAUAGUACACCUUAUGCAAAGUCAGCCACCAGAUAAAACAGCAGAUAUUAACUAUUCAUCAAACAUACCGUGUGUACUAGGUCCAGUAAGUGCCAGAGAUGUAUUUGACAAAAAGCUUACAUUGUCAGGACAGACCUCAAGUACUCAAGAAUGUUUGAGAAUGACCACAGGAGGUAUAUACACAGGAAAUGGCUAUGAACACAUGGAAAUUGGGCAUGCGUCAGGCCAGAAGGAUGAGGUGGAUUCACUUGCAGCUGUUGGCAAACGUGACAUCAUGAGACAAUGCAUCAAACAACUGAUUUCCGUUGCUCCAUCCGGUUCUGUUCAUAAUGUAGAUAAUGCAACCUCAAAAAAGCAAAUGCCUGAGAAUGUAACUAGAAUCGGGCACCGUCCCUUUACAAAACUAAGCUUGCAUCCAAAACUGGGAUCAUUAGAUAAAUUCAGGCGACAUUAUGGGACCAUAAAGAAUACACAAUCAAUAGCUGCAAAAAAUGUGGAUGAGUUUGCAGGCCUGGCCUGUGUCAGGUCUCUCACUGAUAAGGAUAAAAAUCAUGAACACUCAAGCAUUUGUGACCUUCCAGCUAAAGAGCAUGUUGGAUGUAAUAAUAAUGGCCACGAUUGCCUUCUUCCUUUGGAAAAGUCUCAGUUCUCUUCUGAAGAAAGCAGGAAAACAUAUGUAAGAGAGAACCCUCUGACCCUGACAGAUUACUCUCAAAGCAGAACAAAAGCCCCAAGAAGCUCUGGAUUCACAGGUACACUUGCCUCUAAAGUGUCUAGAAUGAAGGGAAGCCUUAAAGGAACUAUACAUUCAGAACCCAGAGGGCAACCUUCUGAACAGUCUCAAUUAAAUUCAAGCCCAAAAAAUGAAGGCAGAUGUCUCUCACCUCAAAAUAAUCUUUUGCAAAGUAACUAUUCUGUAUCUCAGUUGUUCACAAGAGGAAUAGGGACAAAGAGCCACAGUUUUGCUCCACGCUCUCCUGUGCAAAGUAAUCCCAUGGAAAUUGCUAACACAAGAGCAGUAGAUAUGGAAGAUACUGUCAGCCUUUGUUUCAUUGACACUGAUGGGGAAUAUGUCACCUCCCAAAAGAGAAAAGUGGCAUUGCCUAAUAAAGAGGUAUGCCCUGAAGACACCUGUGAAGAUACAAGUGCUAUGGAUGGAUCUUCAAACCAAAAUGUGAACAUUUGUGAACCCAUAGUGGUCCUGUCAAGUAUCAAUGAAGAUACAGAUAAUGCAAAUCCAGCUCAGAAUGAGGAGUCACAGUGUAAUCGUUCCAAGUGGUUUGAUCAGUUCGAUGCAUCCUUGGGUAGGACAGUAUACAUCAACAGAAAGACUGGACUGAGCACCUACAGCGCUCCUCCUAGUGGGGAACCUAAGGCUGUAUGUACUAAAGAUAUAAGUACAAUGGCUGUAAAUGUCGUGGAGAAUGGGUUCCAGAGCAGAUGUCAUCCUUUUAGAAGUGAGUUUAUUGUUCCCUUCCUUCCAAGACCUCAGAGAGAGAGGCAUUUGGCAAGCCAAGACUUCAGAGAUGCACAAGGAGAAUCUCUUCAGUCUGUGUUUUCAGAAUGGGACAAUCCUGUGUUUGCUCACUACCCAGAGGUUGCUCUUAAUGUGAGCAGCGGACAGGCUGAUAACCUUGCUGUGAAAAUCCAUAACAUCCUGUAUCCUUACCGGUUCACCAAAAACAUGAUUGAGUCAAUGCAGGUCCUUAAUCAAGUGGACAAUAAAUUUAUUGCUUGUUUAAUCAACACUAGGCCAGAUGAAAACAAAGAGAUGGAUGGAAACCUUCUUGUGCUGGUGGAUCAACACGCUGCCCAUGAACGUAUCCGCAUUGAGCAACUUAUCAUAGAUUCCUAUGAGAAGCAGUCUGAAGCAUCAGGCAAGAAGAAGUUGUUGGCCUCCACUGUGUGUCCACCACUGGAGAUUGAGAUAACAGAGGAACAGAGAAGACUCUUGUGGUGUUACCACAAAACUCUAGAAGACUUGGGCCUUGAAUUAUCCUUUCCGGAGAACAAUCCCUUGCAGAUUCUUGUAGGGAAAGUGCCACUGUGUUUUGUAGAGAGAGAGGCCAAUGAAUUGCGCCGUGGAAGACAGACGGUGGCUAAGAGCAUUGUGCAGGAGUUCGUUCGAGAGCAAGUUGAGCUACUACAGACCACGGGAGGAGCACAAGGAACACUUCCUCUAACCAUUCUGAAGGUUUUGGCUUCGCAGGCUUGCCAUGGUGCUAUUAAGUUUAAUGACACUUUGACUUUUGAGGAGAGCUGCCAGCUAAUGGAAGGUCUGUCCUGUUGUCAGUUGCCCUUCCAGUGCGCUCAUGGAAGACCCUCCAUGUUGCCUCUUGCAGAUACAGACCACCUGCAGCAGGAUAGUCAGCCUAAGCCUAAUCUGGCUAAAUUAAGAAGAAUGGCUAAAGCCUGGCAGCGCUUUAGGAAAGAAAGGGAUGUAACUAGGAAAACAUGAGCCCUGUCUCAGUGCUUCAUUGGUUCCCAGCAUCUUGUCUCCA